UUCAAUUUUUGCAUGGCAUCAUUUUCCAUUUAUCAUCAUAAACAAUCAUAAACAAAAAUUAAUUGUAUUUAAUUGAUGAAUGAAUAUAGUUUUUUAAUCAACACAAAAUGCCAGCUAUAAAAAAAAUAUUUGAUUUAAUGUGUGAGGUAUUUACAAGAGCACAAGACAAACGUACAGCACAUGAUCAGUGUAUUGCAAUUUUAGCAAAGGCCUACAAAAAUUAUGAUUUCGAUGAAUUCUACGAGGCAUAUGAAAGAUGCAUUAAAAUACCUUUGUCAUAUGUACAAAAAGAAACAUUAAUUGAAAAUGCACUUGAAUUUGGUGCAUUAUUUGCGGUUAAGGUUACACCAGAAGUUGAAGAUGAUGAUGAUGAAGUAUCACCAUUUCUAAAACGUGUAUUUGAUUUUAUAUUAGAAAAACACAGUGCAAAAUUACCUGGUGUACGUUAUCGUAUAUGUUAUUUUUUAAAUUUAAUAUUAAAUUCAAUGGGUGAUAAUGCAUAUUUGAGUGAUGAAUUGUGUAAUGAUAUUAUUGCUGCAAUGCAUAAAAGAAUGAAAGAUAAAUCAGCAAAAGUACGUGUACAAGCUGUUUAUGCAUUGCACAGAAUGCAAGAACCUGGUGAUGAUGAAUGUGAAGUUAUUGACGCAUAUAUUUAUCAUCUAGCACAUGAUCCAAGCUCAGAUGUACGUAAAGCUAUUAUUAAAAAUAUUGGUAGAAAUAAAAAAACUCUACAAAGUGUUAUUGAAAGAAUACAUGAUAUUGAUUAUUCAGUUAGAAAAAUGGCAUAUUUAUUUUUAACUAAAAUAACACCAAAAUCAUUUAAAAUAAAACAACGUCGUGAAAUAUUAAAUAAUGGAUUACGAGAUAAAAAUGAUGAAGUAUCAAAAAUUGUCAGAGAAAUAUUAUUAAAAGCUUGGCUAUUAUAUUACGAUAAUGAAAUAACAAAAUUUUUAUAUGCAUUAGAUACUGAAAUAGCAACUGAUCUUGGUAUAAAUGUAUUAAAUAAUUUAUUUAAAGUAUUAACUGUUGAUGAUUUAAUCGAACAAUUGCCACUUGAUCAAGAUAAAAAAUUAAUACCAAUUGAUAAAUUGUCAAGUGAAAAUGUUUUAUUUUGGCAUUGUUUUUCUAAAUAUUUACAAGAAUCAAAAUUAACUGAAUUAUUUGAUCAAACAUUACCAGAGCUUAGUUAUUUUUGUGACCAUAUUAGACAAUAUGGUGAAAAUAUUGUCAACAAUGAAUCAACAGAAGAUGAAGAAAAAAUAACUGAGCAAGCUAUACUAUGUCAAUUGUUUGAAAUGACCAAACUUUAUGAUUUAUCUGAUGAAGUUGGAAGAAAUCGUUUAAAGCAAUUAAUUGAAGACACAUUAAUAAGUGAAAUACCAGAACUUAAACUAACAGAAGUAAUUGUUGAAAUAUACGAAAAGGUUGUACCUAAUAUAACAUCAAGAGUUAAUACAUUAACACAUAUUAUUAGUGAUAUUAGAAUGCCAUUGAGACACUCUGAUGAUAUUAAUUUACAAUCUGGUGAUGAAGAAAAAAAUGAUUCUUAUACAAUGUCAAAGUGCCUUGGUAUAAUGUGUGCAAUGUUAAGAUCACCAACAAUAACAUCAGUAACACCAAUUAUUAGAAAUUUAUUUAAUAGUGUUGCAUUAACAAGUGUUGAACAUGAUGAUAAAUAUGUACAAAUACAAGCACUAAAUGCUGUAGGUCUUUGUCUAUUUUUAGACUCUGAAUUAGCUCAAAAACAUAUACCAAUGUUUUUCAUGGUAUUCACUGAUAGUGAUAAUGAUUUUCAUGAACAUUGGAUAAUGUCAUUGGGUAUUAUAUUUGAUUUGUUUUUAAAACAUGGUCUUGAUCAUUUUAAUCUUGUUGAUCCAGCUGAUGAUGAUGAAGAUGAUGAUAAUGAAAAAACAACAAGUUUUGAAGCAUCACAAUUGGAUACACCAAAUAAUCAUGUUAUUAAAAUGUUAUUAGCUUUAUUUCAUUAUGAAGUACCAGCAAUACAAUUAAAAGCUGUUGAAGGUUUUAUCAAGCUUUUACUUAUGGGAAGAAUAAAUAGUGUACAAAUUGUUUCACGUCUUAUUGUACUACUUCAUAAUCCAGAUUAUCGUAAUCCACAUCUUAAAGAAGCUGUUAAAUCAUUCUUUGAAUAUUAUCCAUUAUUGAGAAAAGAAAAUCAAAAAAUACUUGAAAAAUCAUUUCUACCAACAAUACUUGAUAUAUUUAAUGCACCAUCUGAUAGUAAAUUAUUUAGUAUUGAUCCUUCUAUUGUUGGUCAUUUUAUUUUGGAUUUAACAAGAUAUAAAAUUUAUAAAACAGAAACAGAAGAUGGUCAUUAUACUGCUCAUAAUAAUAUUUCAUAUGAAAUUCUAAAAGAAAUUGUUAAUCCUCAAAGUGAACAUGAUGUAAUAACUCUUAUUAAAUGUUUGAGUUAUGUUAAUAUUAAAAUAACUGAUGAGGCAUUACAAAAUGAAAUGCUAGAAAUGUGUGAUGCUGUUAUAAAAGAAUUGUCAAGCAGAAACAAAAGUACCUUGAUGAGUUUUAAAAAAUUUUGUAAUUCAAUAAAACCAAAUGAACAAGUUGGUGAUAAUGUUCCAGAAGAACAAGAAGAACAAGAAGAACCAGAAGAACCUGUUGAUGAUCAUGAUAAUAUUGAGGAUGAUGAUUCUGACCUAGAAUAAAAUUAUUACAACUUAUUUUUAAUUGUUAUUCUAAGUUUUUUUCUUUUUUUACUUUUAUAAAUAAAUUAUUAAAUUCAUUCAUUUAAAUUUUCAUGGUAAUUUUAAUUUUUAAAAACAUUAUUAUUCUGUAAUUAUUAAUAUUAUUAAAAACAAUAUGUUGAGUAAAAAUAAAUCAUUAAAAAAAAAAUGUACAAGCAACAUAAAAAUGCUAAAAACAUUUAGUUUUUUACAAAGAA